AUGGGUAGAGAUUUUGAAAAACUUAAGUACUAAAAUGUAUCUAUUUUAGUCUAACUAAGGAAUCUACUACAAAAUUGAAUAAAAAGGAAAAAAAAGAGAAGAAAGAAAAACAUAAAAAGAAGGAAAAGAAAUAAAGAAAAGAGGGCAAAAAAUAAAAAAUAUAAAAGAAAAAUUAAUGGGGAAAAUAUGGUACAAUAAGGUAAUAUAUUAUAAUUAUUAAAGUAAUACAGAUAUGUAUUUAAAACGUGAAGAGUUUUUAAUGUGGCUUUCAGAUGUUAAAAAAUUAAAUAUUGAAGCAAUUACACCAUAAGAAGAGAAAAAAUUUUUUGAAGAAUAUGUUGAAUGUUAUAAUACAGCAACUUUUCCAUCAAAGAAAUUCUAUAAUUUUAAAGUUUGGUUUGAGAAAGAACAACUGAAAGGACAUUUAUAAUAAGCAGAAAUUGAAAUGCUCACAUUUGAUGAUGAAAAAGAAAAACAGUAUAUUUAUUAUUUUUUAAAUUUUUAAUAGAAAAGAAUAAUAAGAGGAGAAAGAAUUUUAAAAGAGGUAGAAAUUAUAAAGAGAAUAUUAACAUCUUCAUGAAUUUAAAAAUAUUGUAAUAAAUUAUUUAUUUAUUAAGGCAAUAGACAUGCAAAAAUAAAAACAGCUUUAAGAACUCUUGAGACAUUAUUUUUAAAUGGGCAAUCAUGAAGCUGCUCUGAAAAUUUAAAAAUAAUUAAAUCCAAUCCAGACUCUUGAUAUGAAUUAAAUCUAAUAAUAACCUCCAAUAGAUUAUGACUAUGAUUAUGAAAAUUUCUGAUCCUAAG